AUGGCUACACUACCAAACUCUCAUUAUUUGUUUGGCAUCACUUGUGCCUUGGAGGGGGGAAUCACUGUGACCGAGAUAAUCCAUAAAUGGCCUUUGACCGUGAUUAUGUGAACCGAAACUCAGCCCCAAUACUUUCUCAUAACAACGGGAGUUGCUCUCUUCUCAAUGUACAUCGUAAAACACCUGAUAUCUCAACCUAAGAAUCUACCACCUGGACCAACUGGACUUCCGUUCUUGGGAGUUCUUCUCAAGUUCAUCAGGAAUAGUUCCGAUCCAAUUCCACUGUUCUCAUCGUGGGCCGACGAGUAUGGUGAGAUCAUGUCCUUUAAACUAGGACCCAAACCAGUGGUGCUUCUGAACACAUACAGACUUGUCUUGGAAGCUUUCAAACACCCCGAUCUACAGAAUCGACCCAAGAGCCAGAUGGUUAACGAAAUCAUUGGAAGGCCUAACAGCGGAAUAAUCGUAGCUGAAGGGGAAGUUUGGCGUGAUCACCGGAAGUUCACCCAUUCUGUUUUCCGUGAGCUUGGCGUAGGGAAGAAGAGCUACGAAGACACUAUCAGGACUGAGAUGGAUCAACUGAUUGGGGCCAUCGAGGAAAAGAAAGGGUCACCAUUUAAUCCCAAUAUUCUCCUCGGGAAGGCUGUUUCCAACGUCAUCUGUACGAUCAUGUUUGGAACACAGUAUACCUACGACGACGCCGACUUUCUGAAAGUACUAAACUUCAUGAAUGUCUUAUCGCGCAACUUAGGCGGAGGAGGUUCAAUAUUGUAUCUCCCCAUCCCUGGAUUGGCAAAGAUUCCAUUCGGAGUCCCUAAACUGUUGUCCAAAAUCAUUUCCGACUUCAACGACUUCGCCCAAGCCCAGAUAGAAGCCCAUGAGAAGACCAUUGAUCCUGAUAAUCCGAGAGACUACAUCGACCGUUAUAUCAUUAGAAUGGCUCAAAAGAAGGGCACUGACUCGACCAUGGACCAGACUAAUCUCAGAAAGUCUAUCAUGGACCUUUUCUUUGCUGGUUCGGAUACCACUUCGACCACUCUGACAUGGGCCAUCCUAUUCAUGAUCGCCUACCCUGAAGUGCAGUCACGUGUCCAGGCCGAGCUUGAUCAGGUGAUCGGCAGGGACCGUAAUGCGAAGUUGGACGACCGCCCUAAUCUACCGUAUACCAAUGCCGUACUGAUGGAGAUCCAACGGAAAGGGGCAAUAGUGCCACUUGGUUUGCCUCACAUAGCAGCUGCUGACGUCACUCUGGAUGGCUAUACAAUUCCAAAGGGCGCCGUCAUCAUGGCUAAUCUUUGGAAGGUCUUUAACGAUGGCAAUCUUUGGAAGGACCCUGACGCUUUCAAACCUGAGAGGUUUCUAAACCAAGCAGGAGAACUGAUCAAGAAAGACGAGCUCAUCUUCUUCAGUACUGGUCGUCGUGAAUGUCCCGGGAAGCAGUUAGCCAGGGUUGAGGUUUUUCUAGCAUUUACUACUCUUCUCCAUCGAUUCACGAUGAAGAAGCCCCCUAACUCACCCCCACUGUCAUUCAAAGGAAUACUUGGUAUUGCUAGGAGUGCCUCACCAUUCGAAAUAUGUGCGGCCCCACGAGACUAAUAGGGAAUUUUCGUACUCCAACAACAUAUUUAAGAACACAGUAAACGUAUUGAAAGGCCCAUCAAAAUAAUGACAAAGAUAAGGUGGGAGGUCUUUGUCGAAAAUUGGUGAACCGGAACAGCAGUCCUAAGUUUCGGAGCUGACGAAAAAUUGCAAUUAUGUCGUUUGUCCAGAGU